CUCAGCACCCUCAUAGAAGCACACCCAAAAGUUCUCCAUUAAAUUCCUCAUUUAAAUAUCGUUUUUUGUACGUAUACCAUGCUUAAAUCCAACACAACCCAAGAAAAGCGCUUAUCAUUGAGCCGCCUUUGAACUAUGGAUGAGUUUAUUUCUUUAAUUCUUCAAGGGAUCAAGUUAGCUAAAGACCUUGAACCAACCCUACAAAACUUAGCCAAUCACCAAAACCAAGAUAUGGCUUCCAAGUUAGAUGAAAUCAUUAGGGUUUUCAUUUCUGCUAGGACGAGGUUAAAUGUUGAUCAACACCUUUCUCAAAUGUUGCAGCAGCAGCAGCAGCAGCAGCAACAGCAGCAACCCCAGAUUGACCCAAGUUUUCAGGAAUAUUGGCUAAGGACUAAAAUGGUGGAGUUGUUUCAAUCACAACUAAUGGCUGGGAGGAUCAGCAGCAGUUCAGGGUUGGAGAAUAAGCAAGCAGCAGGAGGUGGGAUACAAAUGGGAUCAGGAGGUUUGGCUAUGGAAUUGGGUGGCAGAGAUGUUCAGGCAGUGGCUUCAUCAUCUAUGCAAAGACCACGAAGAAGGAAAGAUGAUGCGGAAAAAAGGACAAUAAGGGCACCUGCACCUCGGAUGGGAAACACUGAAAUUCCACCAGACGAUGGCUACACUUGGAGGAAAUAUGGCCAGAAAGAAAUACUAGGGUCAAGGUUUCCAAGGGGUUACUACAGGUGCACACACCAAAAACUGUACCAAUGUCCAGCCAAGAAACAAGUUCAGAGAUUAGAUGAUGAUCCCUACAUGUUUGAAGUUACAUACAGGAGUGAUCACACUUGCCACAUGUCUGCUACUGCACCCUCGGUUCCACCACCUCAACUGCCGGAUAUUACCCAGGGAAUGACUCAAACUAUGGCUGCUCAGCCUCCACCUUGGCUGGAAUUUAGUCUAGGUGGUGGAGGGAGUGGCAGUGGUGGCAGCAGUGGUAGUAGCAUGGCCGGUGCGGGUGCAGGUGCAGGUGCAGGCGCGGGUCCCUCCAAUGCCCGAUAUAAUAAAGAAGCUGAAUUUCCUGUCGCAGAUAUGGCUGAUGUGAUGUUUAAUUCAGGUAGCAGUAGUGGCAAUAGCAUGGAAUUGAUUUUCACUUCCAUGGAAGAAAAAUGGGAGGCAGGGGACAAGAAAAAAUGAUGAUAAAUUAGCGUGACAGGAGGGGGUUUUUUUUUUUUUUUUAUUUACCAUGAUAUUCCUUUAUAUCCGUUUUAUAUUUACUAUUUAUCUGAGUUUUUCCAUUGAAAAUGCAGUGAGAAUUAUCACUACAUUCAACGACAGUAGUAGGAGUGUUUUAAUUAGAGUAAUUAAGCAAGUGAAUUAAUUUUUGUUACUUCAAUUUGUGGGAUUAAUCUUAGAACUUUGUUUGGUUA